CCGCCAUUGUAAAAGGAAUAUCGAGUGGACGAAUAGCUUGUCGCGCCUUAUUUACAUAAUUUGUGUUUUUUUGGAAACUAUUAGAACAAUAUGCUUUAUAAACAUUGUAGCGAACUUUUGGCUACCUAACAGUGUGAAAAAUCUAACGUUACAGUGUUGUAUUACAUUAAGAUUUUACGUUAAGAAGCCCCAAAGUUUUAUAGUUUAUAAUGAAUGUUUAAACAAAAAAAAUGAGUAAGCGAAAAAGGACUAGUUCUAUAGCCAGUAAAAAUCAUGAAGAUGAUUCAAUGGAUAGUUUAGAAGCUUCUACUAGUAGUGGUCCUACAGUGCACAAACGUAGAAAACUUCAAGAUCCAAUGGAACUAUGUCAUCAACUAUAUGAUUUAAUAAGAAACCACAAAAAAGAGGAUGGUAGUUUGCUAUGUGACUUAUUUAUCAGAGUUCCCAAACGAAGACAGGAACCAGGAUAUUACGAAGUGAAUAGUAAUCCAAUAGAUUUGCUUAAAGUGCAACAAAAGUUAAAAACUGAUGAGUAUGCUGAUUUGGAUGAUCUUCAAAGUGAUAUAGAGUUGAUUGUAAGCAAUACAAAGGCAUUUUAUAAACGAAGUACACAAGAGUUUAAAGAUGCAGUAGAGUUGUGGGAAUUAUUUCUAGCUACCAAAUUAAAAUUAUUAAAUGGAGAAAAGGGUGAUAAUAAAAAGUUUAUCAAGACCCCCAACAGAAACAAUAGGGUUCCCAAAAAAACUCCAGUUAAAGAAAAUAACAGAAACAAUGCUAUUAAUGAUGAAAACUCCAAGGAAAAUGCUAUUCAUGAUCCAUUUGAAAGACUUUACAAGGCAGUUACAACUGCAGUGGAUAGUGAUAAAAAGCCAUUAUAUACAUUUUUUCAAAUGUUACCAUCAAAAAAAAAAUAUCCUGAUUACUAUGAGGUGGUGGAAGUGCCAAUAGAUUUAAGAAUGAUUUCUAAUAAAAUGGCAAGUAGGAAAUACAACUUUUUGGCUGAAAUGGAAAGAGACUUGCUGUUAAUGACCAAAAAUGCUUGUUUAUACAAUGAACCAGGUUCACAAAUAUUUAAAAAUGCAAAGGCAUUGAAAAAAAUUAUACAAACAAAGAAACUUGAAAUCGAAGAUGUUCCUAGAAACAAACCAGGUAGACCACCUGGUAGACCACCAGGUCGCAAGGCUAAUACUCCAAAGGGAACCAACAAAUCUGUGGAAAAUACUCCAAAAAAUAGUGAUGUUGAAAAUAAUGAUUUAGACGAUACUUUUGAUGAAGAUGGAGCUCCUCUUGAUUCCGAUAAUCCAUUAUGGCAACUUUUUGAUGCUGUAAAAUCCAUAACAAGUAGUAAUGGUGUGCCAUUAAGUGAACCGUUUUGGAGAUUGCCAUCAAAGAGAUUCUAUCCAGAUUACUAUCGCGAAAUUAAAAAUCCCAUGUCGUUGAUGCAAAUUAAAAAGAAACUCGUUAAGAAUGCCUAUGGAAAUUUAAGUGAAGUAGCUGGUGAUUUGACCAUUAUGUUUGAAAAUGCUAAAAAAUAUAAUAUUCCCACAUCUAAGCUUUACAAGGAUGCAGUAAAACUUCAAAAAAUAAUGCAAUCCAAAGUACAAGAGCUACUUGAUAUUGAUCAGGGAUCAGAUAGUGAUAUUGAAAUAAUUCCGGUAAGGAAAAAGCCUGGUCCUAAGCCUAAGAAUCCAUUAAAUUUCAAUUCUCCAGGAAGAGGUAGACCUCCAAAAGAUUCAAUUCCAUUGAAAAAAAGACUUCAUACAUUGGCAAAAUAUAUGCUGGAGUACACUUGUGAGGAUGGUCGAAAACCUAUGUUAGCUUUCAUGCAAAAACCAUCAAAGAAAUUGUAUUCGGAUUAUUACGAGGUUAUUGCUGAGCCUAUUGACUUUUUGGAAAUCGAAUCAAAAAUAAGAGCAGAGCAAUACAGUUGUGAAAGGGAUAUUAUCAAAGACUUUAAGUUAAUGUUUUCAAACUGUAGGCAAUAUAAUGAGGAAAACUCUCCAAUAUACGAGGAUUCCAUUGCUUUGGAAAAAUAUCUUAUGGACAAAGUGGGGCAUUUGUUAUCAACACCAGACAAAAAAGAACGAAUAGUUAGAACAUACAAGCCUAGAAUAAAGCUGUCUCCCUUGGAGAAACAAUUAAAAAUUAUGUAUGAAGCGAUCCGCGAUUACCGCGAUCCGAAGGCCAAUAGGCAACUAUCACAAAUAUUUAUGAGAUUGCCAUCAAAAUCAGAAUAUCCCGACUACUAUGAAGUUAUUAAAAGUCCGAUUGAUAUGGACAAGAUCGCACACAAACUUAAAACGAGUUCGUUCGAGUCUCUGGAAGAUUUGGUAGCGGACUUCACGCUAAUGUUUGACAACGCGUGCACAUUCAACGAGCCAGACUCCCAAAUUUACAAGGACGCACUAGUUCUGCAGCGGGUUUGUCUGCAAACAAAGUUGCAGUUGAAAGAAGACGACAACACAGUACCUGACGUUUCGAUGGCCAUACAAGACAUCUUUUUAACGCUUUUCACUUCAGUUUACAAUCAUCAGGAUGAAGAGGGCAGAUGCUAUUCGGAUUCCAUGGCCGAUUUGCCUGAACAUGACGAAGUAGAGGGAAAAAAAGUCCGAGCAUUAUCGUUAGAUCUUCUUAAGCGUAGAUUAGAUAAGGGCGUUUACAAAAGGCUAGACACGUUUCAAGAAGACUUUUUUGCCUGUAUGGAAAGAGCCAGGCGAGUGUCGCGGACGGAAUCUCAAAUUUUCGAAGACUCGAUCGAAAUGCAACGGCACUUUAUUCAUCAGCGAGACGAGUUAUGCAAAGGUGGCGAGUUGCUGCUCUCGUCAGCUCUCAGCUACACCCUUAACGAUGCCACUGCGGACAUCGAGACCCUCAGGCACAGCAAACACUUGCAAGAGUCGCUCGAGGACGAGACCGAGACGAGAAGUUCGGAGGAAUCGACCCUAGUCAGUGGGGAUUCCGCUAAUGACGCCACGGAAACCGAUAAAACCAUGACUUGCAACCAGCAGACGUACAAAGUGGGCGAAUUCGUGUAUGCGGACGCCAAAGAAAAAGGAUGCGAACCGCACAUCAUUCAGAUCGAGCGGCUUUGGGAAGCGGACGGUAAACAGAAGCUUUACGGAAACCACUAUUUACGACCUGCGGAAACAUAUCACGUCACUACAAGAAAAUUUUUAGAACAUGAGGUUUUUAAAUCCGACUCUCACACAACGGUGCCGUUAGAAGAGGUUAUGGGUCGGUGUUGUGUGGUCAAUGUGAAGCACUAUUUUGCGAUGCGGCCAGAAGGUUUCGAUGAAAAGGACGUGUACGUGUGCGAAUCGCGAUACAGCACGCGUUGCCGCAAUUUUAAAAAGAUCAAAAUUUAUCCGGAUAACGCCGACAUUAAGUUGGUGGCGAGGGACGAGCCCCUUGAACAGAAAAGAGUUGUGUCCGUGUUCAGGGAAAGAGUCGAGAAGCACAAGGAUGAGCUGUUUGAGUUACAGGAACUCGAACAAUUAUCGGAAAAAGAGAAACCGAAUGUUGUGGCAUACAUCUGUAUGGACAUAGAUGACGGUAAUACGUACUAUGAACAAUUUAAUACAAUAUGCAGCGGUGUUGUGAAAACCGGCGAUUACGUGUAUGUGGCGGCAGAUGGUGGAAAGCAACUAAUCGCUCAAAUAGAAACCAUAUGGGAUACCAAAGAUGGAAAAAGCUAUUUCCGUGGUCCUUGGUUUGUGUCACCAUCGGAGAUGCCUCAAUCACAAAAUAAAUUAUUUUACAAACAAGAAGUAUUUAUGUCUUCGUUAGAGGACGCGAACCCAUUGGUCAGCAUUAUGGGAAAAUGUUGCGUUUUAGACUAUAACGACUACAUUUCAUGUCGACCGACGGAGAUCCCCGAAUCCGAUGUAUUUAUAUGUACGUCAAUGUAUGAUGAAGUAAACCGACAAAUCCGAAAAUUACCCAACGAAUCGUUGAAGAAAUAUCAACAUAGUGGAGAGGUGACUGAAGACGAGAUUUACUUCUUUCCUAGGUUUAUUAAUCCGCCAAAGGAGGCCUCUCCGCAACUAACCAAAAUGAAUGACAUGGAUAUCGUGAUGGAAGACUCGAUGGACGGGGGCCCCCCGUCUGUGGGCUCCGGCGAAAUUGCCACAGUUAUAGCGACCACGGCCAAUACCUUACCCGUGACGCCAGCUAGUUCUAAAAAGAAGACAAUCAAAAACAAAGUGGUGACUGGAUAUAUACUCUACUCGCGCGAGGUGCGCAAACAAGUGGUACAGAACAACCCAGAAUCGACGUUUGGAGACAUAAGUCGGAUUGUAGGCAGCGAAUGGAAGUCGCUACCGUCGCACGAAAAACAGAGCUGGGAGGAAAAAGCAUCGAAACUCAAUGAAGAGACCAAGGCUAUGCUGUUGCUUGACGAGCAAUGUGGAAGUCCUGCACCUAAUCCAAUUGACCAGAUAUUUGAAUGCUGCUGGGACAAUUGCGACUAUCAGUUCGAAGAUUGUUCCGAUUUGAUCGAUCAUUGCAUCAAGGACAAGGAACAGCAGGGUCACGUGCAGGCCUACUUCCACGAAAACGCCGGCUCCGAAUUGAACUGUCACUGGCGCAAUUGUCUGCGAAACAACAAGAAGAAUUGCCAACCGUUCCCGAACAUUGCCCGCUUAAUCAGGCAUGUGCGCGACAUGCACAUCAACAAGGGCAAGGGCCGGUCGGUGGCGCCAGAAAACAGAAGCAAGAACUUCAAGCCUUCCAGUAAGUCUGCUGCCAUAGCUCGCCCGAGUUCCUCUGCAACCCCUUGCUCCCUUUCAAAUACAGUACCACAAAAAGUACAGGAACCUAUGUUCAUAACAGUUCCUCCAAGACCACAAAGAGUUUUACACUCAGAAGCAUAUAUAAAGUAUAUUGAAGGCUUACAAGCUGAAAACAAGCAUAUAACGCAAUGGGAACGUACUUUAACAGCUACCCAAGAAAAUAGUACAGCUCCAGAUAUUGACAAAAUAAAUCAAGUUUCUACAUGGCUUGGACGAAAAGCGGAUCAGCAUGACAAUGUUGUAGCUGCAAUAUGGACACUAAGAAAUCAAUUGUUAAAAGACACGUUGGGAUUACACAAGACUUUGUAAUUUAUUAUUCAUAAUAAUUUAUUUGAUUAUAUCGUUUACUUUUUAUCUAAAGUAUUAUGUUAGAGAUAGUGUGUUAUUUGAUUAUUAUUUUAUAAUUUUAUAGAAUAAAUAUGACAAAUGCAAUUUCC